GGUCAAACCCUGAGCAGUGAGACACUUUGUUUUUACCUCUCUUUCCUCCGGCUCCUCCCCACGCUGACGGCUCUGCCUGUUGCGCACUCUUGUCAGCAGUGAGUGUUGAGCAGUGAGCAUGGCUGCCAUCAAGGCUCUGGAGCAGUGGUGUAAAAUGCAGUGUGAAGGCUACCGAGAUGUGGCCAUCACUAACAUGACGACCUCAUUCAGGAACGGACUGGCUUUUUGUGCGCUUAUACACAAGUACAGACCGGACUUGAUAGACUAUGACUCACUCAGAAAGGAGGAUGUGUUCGAGAACAACAGACUGGCUUUUCAGGUCGCAGAGGAGAAGUUGGGGAUCCCGGCUUUGUUGGAUGCAGAAGACAUGGUGGCUUUAAGGAUCCCAGACAGGCUGAGCAUUCUCACCUACGUCUCCCAGUACUACAACUACUUCAAGGGGCGGCCUCCGAUGGGAGGUGUAAAAAGGCCAGCAGAGGGCUCCAAGGAGGAGCCAUCAGAGAAGAAAAAUCUCCCAGUGGUUGCCAAGACCUUUGUGUCUAAAACCGCCAUCGAGAACCGUCUACCUUCCACUCUCAAGGCUCAGACCUCACCCACGUUGUCCAGAGCUGCUGCUCAGAAGGCGGUUUUGGCAGAAAAUGCCAACAAAAGCGGGACCCUCAAUAGCAAAUGUGUUGCAUGCAAGAGCCACGUUCAUCUGGUUCAGAGGCACCUUGUGGACGGGAAGCUCUAUCACAGAAGCUGUUUCAAAUGCAGCGAAUGCUCCAGCGUGCUUCAUGCGGGAGGCUACAAACCUGGGAAGAGUCCAGACACUUUUAUCUGUAACGCCCACCAGAACAGUUGUAAACCUUCUUCCUCCGAGGCUGGGAUCAAAAACGGACCCGCCAGUUCAGCUGUACGAAUAAAUGGUGCCAGCCAGACCCAGCCUGCACCACGCCCCUCUUCCGUGCUGUCAGCCCCGCUGAAUGUUGUUCUGAAGCCAGUCAAUCCUCCUCCACCUUCCCAGUCCUGGACGGUCUCAGCCCAGAAGACUCAGGCAGCCCGGCAGAGGUUUUUCCAGACUGCCAAGCCAGUCACAGAGGCCACAGCAGACAACAGGAAGCCCACAGAGCCCUCAACUGUUUUAGGAAGGGCAAAGGCCCCACUGAGUCCUAAUGAUGAGAAGAACAGAGCCAGGACUACAAUUGGAAAGAAACUAGCAGAAGAAAACCGCAACAAUAACAACAAACGCCCGUUCACCAUCCGCUCAGCAGAAAGACGGUUUGGAGAUGAGCCAAGUUCAGCUGACAGCCCCAGUCUCAGAAAGGAUAAAUGCAGCCAAGGCCCAGCAGGAAACUGGGCAAGACAGCCCUCCACCAGCCAGACAAACAAUAAGGAAUCGCCAUGUCUGAAGGCCGUGAACAUAGACAACACAAGGCCAACAACUGUACACACAACAGCCAAAGAUCCAGUCUGCCUAGAGGGACAGUCAAAGCUCAGAGCUGCGAGAACCGAGCUAGGUCUGAAAGAUGCUGAAGCUGAACCCUCCACUGAGCAACAUAAGCCUCGAUUCAUGUCCUCAAAUGCCUCCGUCAUUACAACAAGGCCUCCGUCGUCCCCACCACCUGCAGCACCUCCAGUCAGCGUUGCUCUGUUUGAUCCCGCGCACUUUGUGGAUGUCUCUCCACAGAAACCUCUGCCUGCCUCUGGAAACCUCAGUUUUAAACAUGGGAGUCGCUCGCCUGUGAAAUCCCCACCCAGACGACCAGCUGUGGAAUCUAUUAGCUUCUCCACCACUGCUCCAGCCAAUCACGGAAAUCCGCCAGGCGCUAAAAAGGGAAAGUAUUUGUCACCCACCAACGCCUCCAGGACUGAAAUGAGGUCACCCUCUGUGAAGUCUUAUCACAUCCCGGUGGAGCAGAUUGAGACGGAGCUGAAUGAUAUUGAGACGAACUUGGCUCAGUUGGAGAAGGAGGGUGUGGAGCUGGAAAAGAAGCUGCGCAGCUGUGAAGAAGAGGGAGAGGGAGACGUACUGAUGGACCCACUGAUGGUCGACUGGUUCAACCUGAUUCGAAGGAAGCAGAUGUUCAUUAGGAAGGAGUCGGAGCUUGUGUACACAGCCAGGACUCAGGAGCUGGAGCAGCAGCAGCCAGGUGUGGAGGGGGAACUUCGCAGGCUGCUGGAGAAGCCAGAUCAUUUAAAGUCCAGAGAGGAGCAACAGCGGGAGACGUUUUUGAUGCACAGGCUGAUGGAGAUUGUGGACGGCAGAAAUGCGAUUGUGGAGGGUCUGGAUGAAGACAGGCUGAGGGAAGUGGAGGAGGAUCAGCAGCUGAAUGAAAUGAUGAAAAAUCUUGGAGUAAAGAAAGCCAAAAAUAAGAGGAAAUCCUCCAUCUCGAAACUGUUCAGACGAAGAAGUAAAAGACGAGUGGAAUGAUGGAUUUUUUUUUUCUACUAAACCUUGUUAUUUUAUUAAUGUAUUAAUAUUCCUUAUAUUGAAUUCUAAGCUUUUUAUAUUUAAGUUCUGCAGUAGAUGGUGUGCUAAUGAAAAGGCAAAGGAAAAGGUGUCGAAUGAAGAAGCAUAAUGUUUUUAAUUCUCCCAAAUUUUGGUUCAAGAUUCACCUUCAGUUCUUAGUUUGGUGGUAUUUAAGUGGGGCAAGAAAUUUCUCUGUAGGUUGUGACUCAGUCUUUACUUUUUUUCACAAGGGGUGUCAUGUUUUUUCACAAUUGUUUUUCACAUUUAAAAGAAAAAAGAAAAGAAGGUGUUUAAUUACGUAGCCAACACUGCUGUGAAUGUUUCCUUUAUAUCGAUUUUUAAAAAGCCACUAUUUAUGGAUAUAGAUGUUAUGUAAAGGUGCUUUAUGUUUCAUUGAAUGAUUGGAGUGAGGUGUCUCAUUUUAAGGUUUAGCAAAUUAAAAUGCACUUGGUCAAAAAAAAUUGGAUGCUGGGAAGUUAAAAUCAAAUAUCAUGAUGUGUAAAUUACAAAGGGAGCACUGGAUGCUCCACGUGCAAAUAGGACUGAAGAGAAUAAAUGUGUAAUCCUUCAACAGCCUUGAUCCAAAAUGAAAUUAUUUCAGUAUUUAUUUAAUAAUGGAUUUUAACAAAUUUCCUGUAAGGAUAUUAGCAGGAGGAAAAAAAAAGCCUUGACAAUUAAGUUUGAAUGGCUGUGGAGUGUAAAAUGGAGAGCCACACAUGUUGAACUGCCUUGUUGCAGACUGGAGCUCCCCUCUCACUCUGUACUGUAGGUGGCAGCCUGGGUAUGCUGUAUCACAAGGCAAGAACUUGGAAAUCCAAUUUGCCACAGUACAGACAGUUAAUUUCUUUGCUAAUUUUAUAAAUGCUGCAAAAAUGUUCAGCUGUGCUGAUGCAAUAAUGUUAUGUGAAAGAGGAUUAGGUAGAGCAGUAGCUUAUGGCCGGCGAAGGCUUAUAAACUAUAGGUUGUAUUGAGCUCUUUAUCUUCAAACCUGGUUUAAUUAAACAUUACUCUUUACUAAUAUCUGCAUCAGAAUUGCUCUGCACCUGAGCUAUUAAAAUGUUCAAACGACGCGUAGAGUCACUCGUGUGUGAAAAUGGCAUUCACAGUGUUUGUGAGGGACGUACUGUAAUGUUGCAAUUUUAGAAGUGUUAUUGAAUGCUAUGUUGUACUUGUACUCUAUUUAUAUUUUUAAACUUGAAAUCUGUUGUCCAAUAAAUCCUUUGAAGAUUA